CAACUCUCGUAUGGGCCAAGCCUGGGCUUUGGUGAAGCAAGAGUGGCACAGCCCACUACAAACAACAAUGAUCUAUGCCAUGAUCUCCUGCGCUUAGGAAUCUUUUGCAAAGAAGCCAUCGAUACCCACCAUUGGAAUGCAUGUUUAGCUUUUCAGAUUCACGGAUUUACCAUUGUCUUCUAUUUGAUGCGAUUACGUUAUGAUGGCAUCUACACCAUGUAUGAAAUCGCAAAAGUAUUAUUCCCGCGUUCAUUGGAAGAACUGUCAUCAUUUAUAUCCUUGAAAAACCUUCAAUCUUUGGCUCAAGUAUCCGAAUCAUUUUGGCGAUUG